UUCAGUUGAUGUUUAACCUGCGGCUAAGCUAACUCCACCUGGCUGCUUGCUCCAGCUGUUUUUGUGGUCCAAUACAGCGUGUGUCACCGGUAAUAAGUCUCUGUAAGAAGACGGUGGACGAAGAGCGAAGUUUGAAGAAUUUUUAUUGCUUCCUGGACAAAAUGCAGCAGUUUGUUCUUCGGCUGUCUUGCGGGACCCUUAGAUGCUGCUGCUGACGGAAUAACAGAAGAGCCGCCUUCUGACCCGCCUCAGGUCCGCCUGGAAGCGCUGCUGCCAGUGGCUCUGCGGCAGUGACACGGUUUCUCGUCUGGGCUUUUCAGCUAUGAUGCCUUCCUGGGGGGAUGUAAUGGACAAAUCGAGCCGAGUAUGUCGACCCCAGCGGAUUAGCGAAUCGUCUAAGGUUUUCCGCUGCGUGGAUCAUGCUGCUGAACUGCUGCAGGGCCUCAACGAGCAGCGGCAGCACGGCCAGUUCUGCGAUGUGGUCCUCGUGGCUGAAGACGAGCGCGUCCCCGCUCACCGAGCCCUGCUGGCGGUCUCCAGCCCGUAUUUCAAUGCUAUGUUUACUUUGGGCAUGAAGGAGGAGCACCAGCAGGAGGUGGAGCUGGUCGGGAUGUCCUUCGUGGGUCUGAAGGCGGUGGUGGACUUCCUGUACAGCGGCGAGCUGCCACUGGACGGAGGAAACAUUGACUAUGUGCUGGAAGCUGCUCACCUCCUGCAGGUAUGGCGAGCGGUGGAUUUCUGCUGCCAGUUCCUGGAGACAGAGGUGAGCGAGGACAACUACCUGUACCUGCAGCAGCUGGCGCUGCUCUACAGCCUGGAGCGACUCAGCGCCUUCGUCGACCGCUUCAUCCUCAAACAUUUCUCCAUGCUCUCUUUCACCCCGGACUUCCUGCGCGACAUUCCUUUCCACAAACUCAACUCCUACCUCUCCAGUGGCCAGGUUCAGCACGACAGCGAGCAGGCGCUUCUCCAGGCCUCGCUGCAGUGGCUCAGCCAGACGCCCGAGCGGACCUCCCACGCCAGGCAGCUCCUCUCCCACAUUCGGUUCCCUCUGAUCCCGGUGGCAGACCUCAUAAGCAGGGUGCUUCCAGAUGUGCGAGCUCUGCUGCCCGAGGAGGCCGGCUGUGAGGCCCUGGUGGAGGAGGCGCUGGCAUACCACGCCAGGACCAGCGCUCAACCACUCCUGCAAACUGGACGCACCACAGUGAGGGGGGGAGUGGAGAGACUGCUGCUCAUUGGAGGAGAGGUUUCCGAGCGUGGGGAGGAGCUUAGCGCUAGCGUUUCCUGUCUGGACGCUGAAACAGGGAGCUGGAAGGUGGAGACUGAGCUGCCGGCCCAGCGGAGUCACCACUGCCUGGCGGUCCUGGGAGGUUUCAUCUUCACCGCCGGCGGGAGCUCGUCCAGGGACAACGGUGGAGACGCUGCCUGUAACCUUCUGUACAGAUAUGACCCCCGCCACAACCAGUGGACCAGGGGUGCCCCGAUGAACCAGCGGCGAGUGGACUUCUACCUGGGGACCGUGGGAGAGUACCUGAUCGCUGUGGGAGGGAGGAAUGAUACCGGAGCUUUGUCGUCAGUGGAGGUCUACUGCCCUGCUGAGGACUGCUGGACCUACGUGGCAGGACUGCCCAGGCUUACUUACGGUCACGCUGGUACAGUCCACCGUGGCGUCGUCUACAUCUCGGGCGGUCACAACUAUCAGAUCGGCCCAUACCGCCGGGACGUCCUGAGCUACAAUCCGUUGCGGGACGGCGAUGUGUGGGUGGAACGCCAACCCAUGUCUCUGGCCCGGGGCUGGCACUGCAUGGCCUCCCUCGACAACCUAAUCUAUGCCAUCGGAGGCAGCGACGACCACGAGGACACCUCGGAACGCUUCGACAUCCUGCAGGUGGAGUCCUACGACCCACGCGGCGACCAGUGGACCAAGAUUGCGCCGCUGCUGCUGCCCAACAGCGAGGCGGGGCUCGCUGUGUGGGCAGGUAGGAUCUAUGUUCUCGGGGGCUUCAGCUGGGAGAGCAUGGCGUUCUCCAGAGCCACACAGGUAUACGACCUAGACAAGGGGGCGUGGUCCAGAGGGCCCGACCUGCCCAAAUGCAUAGCAGGGGCUUCGGCAUGCGUGUGCACCGUGAAGCCUCCGCCGCUGUCAGCCUCGCCACAGAAGCUCAGAAACCAGAUGGAGGAGCCAUUAUUCUGUACUACGACUGACACGGUGACCAGCAGAUCCGCGACCCUCCAGUCUGUUUACAGUGCAGGCAGGCCACAGAGUCAAGCUCAGCCACGAUCCCAGCAGAUCAGCUACUCUCAGUGGCAGCCAACACCUCCUCAUGGCGCAGCUGACGCUUUUAUUCACAUGUAAUAGAUCUCUGAGUA